AUGAGCCUCUUCGCCUCCGGCUGCGUCAACUUCGAGCUGACCAUCAACACGAACAAGACGGCGGUCAGGCGUCUGCUAUCACCCCACGUUGAGUACAACGCUCCUCGCAUCAUUGCCGACGACAAACAACUGAAAACCGUGGACAUCUUCGCCUACGUAGGCAGCACUCUCUCACGCAACAUUAAUAUCGACGAUAAAAUGGCUCAUCGAAUCUCCAAAGUCAGUCAGGCCUUUGAUAGGGUGCAGGACUCAAUGUGGAAUCGCCACGGUUUCCAUCUCAAACUAGAAUCAAGAUGCGUAUAGCUGUCAUCUUGACAACACUGUUUUGUAGAACGGAGGCCUGGACUGUUUACAAACAACAAGAGCUUAUACUCGAUCACUUCCACCUCAGCUGUCUUCGGAGAAUAAUAAAGCUGAGAUUGGCUUGAACAAAUCAGUCCUUGGACCUGAAAGGAUCUCGCCAGGACCAACCAGCUUGGAGAAGAGCGUUGGAGACUGGAGCAGAAACUUGUGAAGCCAGCCGGAUCGUCGCUGCCAAAGGCAAAGCUACAGCUCGGGAGUCUUAAGCGUCUCCGAUCCACAACGCUAGCAUCCAACACCUUCCAACAUGUCCACACUGUAAACGAACAUUCUGAGUGCCGAAUGCUCUCGUCGGACAUUGUCGGACCCAGUGCAAUAGCAGCCUAACAAUUCCACCAUCUAACUCCACAAACACUCCUGCAGAAAACUCCAACGCGUCCACGGCGACGACCACCUCCACCAUCACCGCUGAUCACGCUUCUGAUGUUCUACGGCUGUCGUUUAUCGCCCCCCCGCACCAUCUCUGCCACAACCUCCGCGACAGCGACGAAGACUACCACCUCUCCCACCCCCGCCGCCAACGGAAACACUCAUUUCGGCCCAUCAACCACUACCUUCACUACCGCCAGCAAUGUACACUCAAUCUCAACCUGUCCUCAUUACAAUCGAAUAUUCACCUCAGGCAUCGGCCUGGUCCGUCACUUACGAAUCAAUUGCAAAGAGACCGGCGAACCAGUGCUGGAAGCCCCGACAUACACUCGCUACACCUGCCCUCACUGUCAGUACUACCUACCGCAUAGGCCUGUUCGGUCACACGUGUAUCCGUGGUAGCGUAGUUCACUGCAGUAUUGACGCACCAAGCAUACCUUGUACACCUGACACAUCUCUCAUCUCCAGCACUACCAAAUGCCUCUCCAUCAGUGCAGCCAUCACUAGCAACCUCAGCACCGCAACCGAUUCUGCAGGCCCCGACCUGGCCUGCCCACACUGCCACCGCACAUGCACAGCACGCAUCGGCCUGGUCGGUAACUUUGGAGCCUACCGCACAGAGACUGGCAAAUCAGUACCUCCAGCACCAAAAAACACCCGUCGCCAUCGUCUCAACUCCUCGUAUUUCCCUCUCACAUGCGACCAUCGCAUGGGCCUACUCGCUCACAUGCGCAUCCACGAGAAUCUGCAGUAG